AUGCUCCGUUGGAUAAUUAUAGGUGUGGUGUUGGUUGUAGGCGCGUUCGUCUUCUUUCCGCUCACAGACGUGAUAGCGGGUAUCAGCGUGGAGGAUAUUGAUGACAGGCAGGAGAUCGCAGACGUUGCGAGCCAGAUGGAAGACGGGAUAGUAACCUCGCUUGAUACGGUCGAUGAGAGGGCAGUCGUCCUGCAGGAGGACACGAUGGCGUUUGUGGAGGACACUGGGGUGCAGGAGUGGCUGAUUGACCCCAUACAGGAUGCGCUCUCUGGAGAUGCCGGCGGCGAUGCCGCGCCGGACAGCUAG